AUGGACAUAAAGAACCCGGUGCCUUUCCCCAUCUCUCUCCCAUUAAACUACGAGGUCAGAGAUGCAGAAUUCCUUUUCCUGAAGGAGGCAGGCCAAGACUUCAUGAGAAACUCCAGCACACAGAGCCACACCCAACCAUUUGUGAUCCUCAGGGCAAGCCGCCAACCUGCCAUCAACGCCAGCUACAGAUCCAUCUCCACUGAACAACAAAUCUCUCCGGACCUGCUACAAAACGUGCGUCUUUUCGACUCUCCCGAUGUCUUUACCUUCAACUGGAAAAUACAAGCAUUCAUUUUGACACCAAGAGUUUUUUCCUCCAAGCCUAAAGUCCGCGUGCUCUUCUAUGUGGCUGGUAGAGACUGGGGCAGGGGUGAAGAUAGUGGGGACGAGUUACCAUGUGUGACGGUUUAUGCUUUCUGGCAAACUCAGGAGGUUAGAGGAUCAUGCGCACUUGGGGGAGAUAGGGGAACUUGCAUGGCUGAGCUGGCACCUGCCUUCAGCUGGUUUGCCCCAGGAGUAGAGGGCACUAGCAGAGAAAGACAAGACCCAACUACUGGCAACCCUGUGGAGCUAUACUACCAGGCUCAACCCAAAGUCAACGAAAAAUGCAACAUGGUUACGGAAAGUCGUUGGGAUGGUCCUCCAAUACAGCCUGAGUACACUCCAGUGACUCCAAUGCAGAGGAUUGGAAGUGUGCGCCUCCUGCAGGUCCCCAAAGGAAUGGCCACAUUAUCAAGGCUCAAGUUGGGGAACGCCAUCGUUAUCAGGACCUCAUCCAAACCGCUGAAGAAAACUGACAUAGCCACCUUCUACAUCCUUAUGGCAAGCUCUGCAGCACUAUCCAACUUCACUCUCAGAGCCACAGUGAAGAAAGGUGUGACUUUCCGGACUGCUACUCCCAGUAACUCAGUGCUCUGGGAUAUUACUCUGGACAUGGGACCGGAUGGGACCAUUGCUGUUGUUUGCCAACGGAAAGCACCCAUUCCUGGAAAAAGACUUGAAAGCAGCCUGCUGGAGGUGCUUCAGAUGGACUUUGAGGUGGAGGAGCUGAGCAGUCCCCUCGACAGCCAGGUGAUCGUGUGGAAGCUCGAGCUGCCGACCCAAUUCCAAAACGCCGCCAAAACCGAGGGAGCUAUGCGCAUCUACACCACCCAGAGAGACUUUGUCGGCCUGGCCCCUCUUGUAAUGGACUCUGAGAUCCUGAACACUGCGGUGCUCACAGGUAAAAAGGUGGUGAUGCCCGUGAGGACAGUAGCUGUGGAGGAAGACGGUUUAGUGACAGAUGUGUCCGACUACACCGAAUGCAGCUCCAACGACGAGGACGUGCUAAAGGUGUCUGAUCGGUGUGAUUACGUCUUUGUGAAUGGAAAGGAGACUAAAGGGAAAGUGAAGAUACUGGUAAACUUCACUUACAGCUACCUCAGCGCACAACUGGAGUUAAAUGUUUGGAUGCCCCGCCUCCCUCUGCAGAUCGAAGUGUCCGAUACAGAACUAAGUCAGAUUAAGAGCUGGAGAGUUCCAAUUUUAACAUCUAAAAGAUCCAACUGGAAAAGUGAGGAGGACAGGAAGGGGAAGGGAUGUAUGCUGCAGUUCCAACAUGCUCUGGUCCGGGUGCUCACACACUUCAUGGCUGAGCAAGAGGAUCCCCGAGAGCCCAAGGCCUUCUUCCUGGGUUCGGAUUGGCAGGUGGAUGUGACACGGCUGGUCAGAUAUUUCAUGAAGGUGGAGGACACAAGAGUGGCCCGACUACAGGCAGGACGGGUGCUAUCAGGGCGUGAUCUGGGGACAACUGCAAUUCAAGUUUUCUCCCCAUUGUCUGAUACAAUUUUAGCUAAGACAACAUUUAGAGUGGUGGAUGACAAAGUGACCAUCACAGAGUUGGGAGUUCAGUUGGUUUCUGGCCUCUCCAUGAACUUACAGUUAAGCCCUGGCAGCAACAGAGCUAUUUUAGCCACCACCACCACGCAGGAAACUCUCCAGACUCCCAAAGAGAAAGCUUUGGUCAGUGCUUGGAUACAAUUCAGCGAUGGCAACCAGACACCCCUUGAUAUUUAUGAUCCAGCCUUCUACCGGAUGACAGUGACUUCGUUGGAUGAAGGGGUAGUUUCUGUGCCGGGGAGCGCUCCAGAAGUGGUUGCUGAAGGAGAGGGCGAGGGAGUCCUGGUUCGAGUGGAGAUGUCGAUUUGUGAAUUCAGACACAAGAAGCCUUCCUCUCACAACAUAGAACCCACAGGCCAUAGACAUGACUGGGUGUGGUUAGGCACAGAUGCUGAGCUGGUGAUGAGUGUCCCGGGCAGCCCGGUUCAGCAGGAUACGCAGACCACCACAGUCAUAGACAUUGUGCCAGAGAAGACCAGCACUUUGUCUCGAGGGCCUAGCUGCUUGGCCUCUGUCACAGACUCUCCCACUGGCUGUGCGGGUUCCGUUCCGGCCAAACCUAUGCAAGCUGAGUCACUCCAUUCUCCAACCAGUAAGAGGAAGAGAGUCCAGUUCACCACCUUCUCCACACUGGAGCGGCCACACCCGCACGUACCAGCGCAGCAGAGUGGAGAAGGCAUCCAGUGGGUCGGGAAGGAGGACAGCUUUCAAGAAGAGCCCCAAGUGCCUAGCACAGAGCUGGGAGACCAUUUAUAA